CCAGGUCCGCCAGUGCUCUGCAGAGCUCCACGCUGGUAGUGUGUCGCGUUCUACUCCGUCACUCACACCCGCGCACCUCUAUGCCUUAACCUGGCAAGCUGUCUGUCACACAGCCAUUUGUUAUUAAUACCUAUAUUGACACACACACACACGUAAGCCACACACAACGAACGACUCGUGUACUGGUGCGUACUAGUGACCGUAACACUCAUAAAAGGUAUUAUAAAUCAUGUUAACUGUGUCUACGAGGAGAAGCUAAGAGGAUGGUGUAACACUACCUUGUGGUGACUGAGGUGACUCGCAGGGGAGUUUGUGGCGGAAAAUGAAGGUGGGGCGAGAGAGGCAGUACACGAACUCUUCUCUGGGGGGCCAGGAGCGCCACACCAUGUUGAGGCUAAGCCGUGGAGGUGGUGGUGAGCGCGGGGUGAGGGAGGCAAGAUCCUAAAUGGCGAAGGUAGACAGUUGGCGCGUCUGGCUGCCUCCUCCUCUUCCUCCACCGCCCCGCCCUCGCAAUGGACGGUCGUCAUGCCCACGCCCCUCACACCACGGCAGGACCAAAACCUCUCGUCUUCGCCAAGAUGGAGGCACUAGUGAGAGAGAUGCAGGACCCGGAGACUGGGGUACCCAUCAGAAGCCAGAAACUGUUCCUCACUUCCAUCCCCUCCGCCUUCAUGGCGUCGCAGUCACUUGUUGCGUCUCUGGCCACUCCAGAGUGUAUACCUCGGAGCGAGCAGGUCUCCAUAUUCAAGGGAUACGAUCUCAUCGAGUGGCUACUGGAGCGUUUAGAGAUCGAAGACUCAGUCCUUGCCCCAGCACACCUCUCCAAAGCGGAAGCCAUCCAUCUGGCCAACCUGCUGUGUCAGUACGGGUACUUCUUCCCCGUGGGAGAGUCCCGCUCGCUGAUCGUCAAGGAUGACUCCUCUCUCUACAGGUUCCAGACGCCUUAUUAUUGGCCCUCCCAGAACCAUAGCGCCGACACCACAGACUAUGCCAUCUACCUGACCAAGAGGCUCUCCAGAAACAAACAGAAACACGGCCUCGAGGACUACGAGCUGGAGGCGUACAACAAGCUCAAGAAGGCGUUGUCACACAAAUGGGAUUUUAUUACCAUGCAGGCGGAGGAACAGGUGAAACUGGCAAAGGACCGGAAGAAGGGCGACAAGAUCGUGACAGACUCGCAGGAGAGGGCCUACUGGCGGGUGUACCGCCCUCCCCCGGGCUUCACCAACUGCCUCGAGACAGCCCCCGUCCCGGACAAAACCAACAUGGCCAACAGAGUCCGCAAGAAAACCAUCGACGACCUCAAGAAAGAUAAUGACUUCCUGGCAUCAGCAGUGGACCGAACCCGGCAGAAGGUGUCGCAGGCAGCAGAGAGCCUCCUUACCCACUACGACACCUACUAUGAAUACGAUCUCUUUCUCAACUUCCCCCAGCCUUCAAACCCCUGGCUCUCUGAUGACCCAGCCUAUUGGACGCUCAACGACACUAUUGUGGAGAUACCUACGGAGAAGCGAGUGCGCCGCUGGGGCAUCACCAUGGAGGAACUGAUCAAUGACGUCAUGGGUCAGACGGAGUUCACCAACUACCUUAGGAAGGAAUUCAGCCAUGAGAACAUUCGUUUUUGGCAAGCUGUCAAUGAACUCAGGUGGGGGCCAGCUGCCAGCGUGAGUGAUACUGUUCACAACAUAUAUGAGGAGUUCCUCAAACCUGGGGCACCGUGUGAGAUCAACAUUGAUGGUAAAACGAUGGAGAAGACACAGCUAAUGAUGAAACAGCCAUCACGUUACACCUACGACCUGGCCUCGGAACAUGUGUACAUCCUGCUGUUGAAGAAAGACUGCUACCCCAGGUUCUUGCGGUCAGAACAGUACAAGACACUUCUUGCUAAUGCCAUCCAACCUUCACAGAAGAAGAGGCCCAACUCCAUGCUGGUUCGCCUCAUGGCCCCCUCCUUGAUGCUAGCCCCAGGGCCCGAGGGUCGCGCCGGUUUGCAGAUGUUCUUCAGUUUUGGUGGUCCAGGUAAGAAGAAGGUCUCAACCCCUGCAGCACCCAACAACAUCUCACUGUCGCAGACGCCACAGCCACUGAAACGACAUGGAUCAGAUGACCAGGCCGUGGCACUGGCUGGCUUGGCCCCCCAUGGCAGCACUGGCUCUGUUGGAGAGACAGGUGGCACUGGCAUUCACCAAGGAGGCCCUUCUGGCUCAACCAACAAGCUAGACUGUGACCCGCCAUACAGGGGUGAUCUUCCCAGUGCGAGAUAUGUAGGCCAAUGCAAUACUGUGGGGUUAAGCUAUUGCUCAGAGAGGCAGAGUAUAGUGGCAGUGGAUGUGAGCCAGAGCAACACCAUCUGCCCAUGGGACACCAGCACUGAUGCCACUACCGCCAAUAUCUGCCCCUGGGAGACAUCUGCUCCACCCACAACACGUGCUCAACAGCCCAUGAAAACUCCAGAACAAAGGUUGGGACAUCCAAAGGCGCGGCCAGAUCGCUCUAAAUCAGUUGACGUAAGUUCCCUUGGCAAAAGACAGGGCUCAGUGUCUGUGGCACCCAACCUAGUUCCAAUACUCACUGAGGGCCACCCCACUGCCUCCAUCUGUCCUUGGGAAUCUCAAGAACUGCCAAAUCGCCCUACUGAAAAGUCAAAAUCCAUUGAUGUAGAUGUGUGCCCGUGGGAGACCAAUGAACCAGCCAAAAAAUCUUCAACAAGCUCGGCUCCAGGUGUGAUGGCAAGCGACAUGGCGAGCAUCCAGUCAGCAUCAAUGUCUUUUCAAGUGCACCAAGAGUAUGCUGAUAUGACCGUAAAAGCUGCCACAAGCACGGGGGGAUCUUUAAUUUCAAGAGAAAGGGGAAGUAGAGAUGGUAUACGGCCACCUUGUGAAAGAAAAAUAUCUAUCCAAGUUUGUCCUUGGGAAGAAGUGGUAGAAGAGGAAGUCCAAGGAAUAGAGACACUAAGUACAAGCAUAAUCAGUGAAAAGCCACAGACCAGACAGCCAAGUCAGGAAAGUGAGAGCAGGUCAGAACAUGCUACCAAGUCCAGAGAAAAAUAUCAAAGUAUGAGUAUGACAUCCAGCUUUAGUGAAAGUUACACCAAACCGGAUGGUCUGGCGAUGCAGGCAGCCCUGGAACCUCGCCCAGGGGUUAGCAGUGAGGGAACUUCAUCACCAUCAUCAACUUGUUCGUCAUCCAGUCACAGUGACUCUCGCCGCAUCAAGAUUGACUACACAGUGAGGUCAGGUCACAUGCCAGGUCAGUACGGUCUGCCCAUCAUGAGCUCAGCAACUAGCGCGACCCCUUCGGGCCAGCAGGCUCAGCAUGGGCAUGUAAGCACCACCCUCAGCAGCGGGAACACCAGCACCACCAGUAGCAGCAGCAGCAGCACCGGUGGUCACCACCACACCACCAAACGGGCUGAAUCCCCCCGGGGUACAGACAAACUCCUUUGUCCUACAGAAGGGGGGAGUAAACCCACUUCUCCCAAAGUGGCAACCAACGUAGUAGCACCUUGGGAGGAGAAUCCCCCGCAGAAGAUGACAGACAUCUGCCCAUGGGAGGAUGAUUCACUAACUCCCACUUGGCUCUGAAAGGCUCGCCUGGUGUACCUUAUCUCACUCGAGGGAAAGCUGCAAAGUGGAUACACCUUUUGUGAAGACCUACGCAACACUGGGUUACUUGUAGCAGCGGUAACAAGGCCUAGCUGCUUAGGGUGUGUGGUUGGCACAUUAAGGAUGUGCUGAGCUGGGUUCGGGCACGGGGAGGGAAGCACUAUUAUAAUGAGACUAACAAGGAGCCAAGGGGUAUCUGGGUACAAUGCCCUUCCGAAUGAGGUGGAAGAGGGUAUGGGUCGACAGGUCUGGACCCAGUGAAUGAUCAUGGGUGGGCAUAAGAGACAGCCGGGCAUAGAGGGUGAGCGUCUGGUUCAUCACACGUCCCCCUGAGGCUGAGUGCCCACAGCUGAGCCCUUGCAAGACACCGCCAGGGGGGCGUGUGUCAGUUACAGAUGACAGUAAGUGUGUUAUGAAAGUUUAAGCUUCGAGGGUAUUGUAGCCCUGUCAGAUGCUUGCACCAGGGAGGAGCAGUGCAAUGUAACCAAGUUCCUCGCGUGGGGACUGCUAAACGAGGCGGCUCCGACAUACUUUUGUCCAAAAGGCAUUUGUCAUUAUCAACUGUGAAAGAUACAGUAUUUCCAAACCAAAAUUAGUUCAUAGUGUCAGUAUUGUGACAGUGGCAUUUAUGGGAAGAAGAGCACGGAGCCGGCUCGACAAUAUGAGAGGAUGGGUCAGACCCCCGCGAACAUAGCCAUCUGAACUGGUCAGCUUCGCACUGUCCGCUCUGGCACUGAUCAAGGACACCAGAUUGUGAAGGAUUGGCUUGUCGAUGUGUUUGGAUGGGAUUUUACUGUUGAUGGUUUAGUAGGAAAACCGAAAGUAGAGGAAUGUGAAACUGGAUUAACCUGGGUGAGUGGGGGAUGGGCGUGAUAUUCCCAUAGCACCUGGGACCCUUGGAGUCAGGAGGGUGUGAGUAUAGCGCUGGGCCGCUGCCACCGGUCCCAGCACAGCACACCCAUCACGUGACCGACAUACACUCAUCGCCUUGGUGCAAAUUAAUUUAUAAGUGUUACAUGAAUAUAUUUGGAACUAAGAUGCCAAGACUUGGUGUGUCAAGAAUGGUGUUCCCUGAAAUGAAUAAUGAACAAAGUUGAAACUGGUGCAGGCUGUGCCUGGUAUAUACUGACUCACAUAAUUGUGUAUCAAAGACAAAUCCGUGGUCAACCAAUCAAUAUGACUUUUUAGAAAAUUAAACUUGGAUUAGUAUAGCAUUCUUCAGUAUUAGAUCGAAGUGGCACAAAAGUAAAUCUAGACAAAAAAUCAACAAUUUAAUGUAAUUUAGAUCACCUUUGUAGACAGGUAAAACAACUCUAGAGAAGCAUAGACUGUUCUUGUUCAUUCCAGUUAUUUUCAAACUAGGGAUGUAACUGAGUCGUAGGCGGGUGAUCGCUAGGUGUGAGAGUGUAUAUAAUUGUUUCAUGUUGUCUUGAGUGGUAUAAUCGUUUGUGCACAGCGCUUCUUCACGUACGGGCGGGGUACGUUUGGGCAGGUAGGCCUACCUUCAACUGAGCCAAGCAGACAAGCUCCCAUUUCAUGUUGCUAAAAUCAUGUGAAUUCUAAAUUUAUGAUGUUAAUAAGUAUGUUUGCUUAUACAUGAAGGAUGUAUUAUUUCAAACAUAUUAAAACAAGUUAAAAUAUUGAAAUUUAUUUCAGCUGAAGGAAAAGCCGCCGUAGUAGGUUACCAGAGGUACAACAAUGCCAGUGAACACCCCAAAUAAAUGCCAGUACCUUCAAUAUUUUCCUAAUACAGUAUACUCAUUGUUUAUCAGAUUUUAUAUAUUUAGUUUUUACCAAUUAUUAAGGUAAUAAAAAAUGCAUUAGUAGUUGCAGGAGAGGUGUAAGCAUAGUGUGGUGAGCACAAGUGGACAUGCGGGCCAGGUCCUGUUAAGCCUAGCCUCUGCUCGCGCCUCGGCCAUGCUAUUCUCACUUUAUUGCUGAUAAAAUAAAGUUACCAUAAUAACAAAAUCUAGUUGCAUUUAUCUCAGCAAUACUCAUCCAGCUGAUUAUCCAUGUAAGGUUACAUUAUGCUGCAGCACUUGUCAUCCAAGAUCAUUUAUUCAGUGUCAUCAGCGUGUUUUAUAAGUAACGUUUAUACCAGCUCACAUUACUUUAACCGUAAUACUUAUGGGCACUGGGAAUCGAGAGGAAUGUUAUUCUUGGUAUACUAUUUUCACACAGCAUUGCGUAGAUGAUUCAUACAUUAUUUAAGAUCAUUUGAUCUUCACCCGUCUGUGCGUGGCCUAGAAGCCAUUCUCGGUGGACCAAGACAUGCAUCAUAUACAGUUGUACAUGUUUAGGAAGGCUGGCUAUGUCAGGCAGGCAUCAGUAUUUCCAUAUAAUUUUGAUCCUCUGUUUUUGUAGGCGUAACAAUCUGUCUUCUUUGCUGUCAUAUAUGUUCAUUGCUCUGGUAUUUUUAUCUUGUGCAUUAGUACGAUCAACUUGAGGAGUUUACUAGUUCUCAAUUAACAUUAUCACUGCUUUACCAGCAGAGUAAGGGGGUCAUGCCUACUGGGAUUGUCAAGCUUCCGAUGCGCUUUUAUUUUGCUAUUGCUGCCACCACACGUGAGACUAUUACCAAUAACUAUGUUUCAGCAGUCACUUCUAACAUUGUUUUAUUUUGUUGGCAUUAUUGAGUUUGUAGAGCAACCUGGGCAUAAUUUAAGAGUGGCAGUUAUAUAUUAUUAUUGUUAUUACUAACUCAUGGCAAGACAAAUUAUGAGUUCUUGUGAUAUAUAUAUAUAUAUAUAUAUAUAUAUAUAUAUAUAUAUAUAUAUAUAUAUAUAUAUAUAUAUAUAUAUAUAUAUAUAUAUAUAUAUAUAUAUAUAUUGCAAAUAGAUAGAUAUAUUGUUAAUAUAUCUGUCAAUGUACUAAAAUAACUUUACCUUAUUUUUAGCAAAGUUGAGUAAGUUGUGUGCGUGAUGUGAGGACAUUAGCUCCACGUCGACUAGGUUACGCAGUGCUUGCUUCCUUUGCUUUCUAUUGUGCAUCAAGUUUCACCUAUGAAUAAAAUAAGUUACUCAUA